AUGGAGGAUUUUACAUAUUCCGAUCAGGGGGAGCUUGAGACAUAUGAUCGACAUCUAGGGACGAUAGUUGUGCAGAGGAUAUUCGCCGAUAACGUGUUGAUUGAGGAUGGCUCUGUGGCAUGGGAGGAUAUAGCAGCACUGUAUGAGCAUCUACCAUCAGUGUUAUCAGGGAUCGUCGGGGGUUUGCUUUGCCCAGAUCGACGUUCACACAGAUUGAUUGUUGAUUGGGGCCAGUUUCCAGGGAGAGUGAUGAGACAGUUUGGAUGGAGGCAGGGUUUGCCGAGGGGUUCGGGGGAGUAUGCACGGGUGGUGCGGGAGAGAUUUCAGUGGAGGCCAGUGUUAUUUUAUCAUCAGGUUGUGGCAGAGUUCCGUACAUUACAGAUUUCAGAGCAUGCCGAGCCUAUUCCACCUUUUGAGGAUGACAGGAAAUGGCGACGGAGGAGGAGAGGAGGCAGGGGUGGAGGAGUAGGAGAUGGGGGAGAGGGAGGUAGUGGAGGAGGUUUUGGUGGAGCAGGAGGAGGGGGAGGGGGUGUGGGUGGAUUUGGAGGUGGAGGUGGUGGAGGAGGCUGA